GCGGCCGAGAGCGCUGAGCAGCGGCUGUGGCCACCAUGGGGAAGGCGAGGAGGACUCCAGCGGCGGCGGCGGCGCGGAAAGGCCAGCAGUCCGGGGGGAAGAAGCCGCCCGAGCCUGUCGGGAGCUCACGGGAUCGCUCUGCCAAAGCCAAGGGCUCGGCGCGCCACAAAGCCGAGUCGCCAGGCCCGGAGGAGGAGCAGCAGCAGCAGCAGGGCGCGCUGGCUCUGGGAGCGCAGCAGGAGCGCUGGCUCCAGUUCUUGAAGCGCCAGCGGCUGAGCGGCGAGGAGGCGGCCAAGCUGCUGUUGGACAACUUCGAGUACCAGGGACUGGUGAAGCACAUAGGAGGCUGUCACUGCGGAACUGUCCGCUUUGAGGUUUGGGCCUCGGCCGACCUGCACAUCUUCGACUGCAAUUGCAGCAUCUGUGUUAAGAAGCAAAACCGGCAUUUCAUUGUCCCUGCCUCACGUUUCAAGCUGCUGAAGGGCGCUGACAACCUGUCUACCUACGCCUUCAACACGCGCACUGCCAAACACACCUUCUGCAAGACCUGCGGUGUCCAGAGCUUCUACACUCCCCGCUCCAAUCCAGAUGGCUACGGGAUAGCGGUGCACUGCUUGGAUGAAGGCACGGUGCGCAGUGUCACCACGGAGGCGAUCAAUGGCAAGGAGUGGGAGAAGGCUGUCAAGGAGCAUCCUACCAUCAAGAGCUUGUCAAAACCGUAGCUGUGCCAAUCCCGGAAGCACAGACGCCCAGGACUGCUCCGCAGGAGUUCUUACCGUUUAGAAAAUAAAGGUUGUAUUUUUGUUAAAUAA